CAUAAUGGCAUCAGUUGCUGUUGCUGUUGAUAAGCCGCCGGCACUGCACUUCAACUUUUUGCGAAUUAUCUACAUAAGAUAAGCGCACACUAAAAUAUAUUACAAACAAAACGCAAAAUGAGCGAGUCGCCGGAGGUGCUAGUCUUUGGCUCGGCCAUUAUAGAUUUCAUCUGUUACACGCCCCGCCUGCCGAAGGCAGGCGAAACGCUGCAUGGCCACAAAUUCCAAACCGGAUUCGGUGGCAAAGGCGCCAAUCAGUGCGUCGCCGCUGCCCGAUUGGGUUCGCACACAGCACUCAUUGCCAAACUGGGCGAUGAUAGCUUUGGGCAGGACUAUCUGCGCCAGCUACGCGCCGAGUACGUUAACGUGGAGCAUGUGCAGCCGCUGCCAAACCAAACGACGGGCAUUGCCCAAAUCGCUGUUUCCGACGAAGGCGAGAAUAACAUAAUCAUUGUCGUUGGUGCCAACAAUGCACUCAACGCCAGUGAUGUCACAGCUGCAGCCCAGUUCUUUGACCAAGCCAAGGUGCUUGUCUGCCAGCUGGAAACGCCCAUUGAAGCGACACUUCAUGCUUUGCGUCAAUUCAAGGGCAUUUCCAUAGUGAAUGCGGCACCAGCACUGGAGGAGACGCCAGGGGAACUGCUCCAACUGUCGACCAUUCUAUGUGUCAACGAAACCGAGGCGGCACUCAUGACCGGCAUGCAGAGCAUCAACAGCGUCGGAGAGGCAAAUGCGGCAGUAGAACGCCUCAUCGAAAUGGGCGCCAAUGGGGUGAUCAUAACGCUGGGAAAACUGGGCGCAGUCUGUGGCACAAAGCAGACGCAAUGCGAGCAUGUGCCAGCGCCACAUGUGCCGCCCGAGAAGGUUGUGGAUACGACGGGCGCCGGCGAUGCCUUCAUUGGCGCCUUGGCCCACAACCUGGCCCGCUAUCCCAAAGAAGCGCUCACCGUUCACAUUGCAGCCGCCUGUCAAGUGGCCUCCAAGUCGGUGCAGCUGCCGGGCACACAGGCCAGCUUUCCAUUUGGGGGAGAUCUUUGAGUACCCUUCUAUUAUACACUUGCAACGGUGACAACCAUCACUUAUGAAAAAAAAAUAAAUUGAAAAAAUUAAAAGGUUAAA